AUGUUGGCUUUGGAUGCGGCUGGAAGUAUGCGAUUGGCACAGGAGUCGUCGCUCUCACCUGCCUCGUCGGACUUCGUCAUACGGAGGGACAAGAGUCUGCCAAAGUCUAUUAUCACGGACUUCAACGGUUCACAGACUACAGUAGUCAAUACUGAAGCGGAGCACACGUCUUCCCAACAGGAGCUGAGCGUCCCGACUAUAACAGUACCAGCGAGUGAACGGGUAUGCCCUAGCGCAACGUUGAACCCUAUAAGCUCGAAGGAGGUGUGCCGCUAUCACCGUGGGUCCCUCAUGGCAAAGAGGGAGUCAGAGUACAAGGUCGAGAUUCUGUGCGUGGCCCAGGGGACCAACUUGCGAGUGAUUUCACAUGAGCGACAAACCCCAUCAUUUGGUGGCACUUGCCUUCCGUCUGGUUGGGAGCCAUACACGCAUCCUGAGGGAGCGUUAUAUUUCUUUCACAAAGAGCAGCGCGUAUAUACUGACGCAAAUAUCUAUGACCGCGAAUACGCAGAUACUAUAUCGGAGUUGACGUGCUGUCUGACACGGAAGAUAGAAGAGACCCGUCAGAUGGGCGUGGAUAUACCCGAAGACUACGAGACGGUGCUAGAGCCUCCAAAGGCGGACGAUCCUUCUGAAGACUGGGGGUACUACUUUGUUGACCAUGUGUCGCAGUCACUCUUCUGGACCGACUCUUACCAUCCGGAUGAGUGGCUCCGAGAAAUAGCAGGAGAGACCAACAGACAACACCUGCAGCUCGAGCUUGGGAGUUGUUACUGGUAUCACGUGGAAUUGUACCCCCACCCUCGAGAAGUUUCAGAAGAGCACAUCAAGGAAGUGCAGGCAAUCUUAUUACAUGCCAGCAUCGAUUCAUUGACGUCCCUCUCGUCCACUUCGCCGUAUCCCAGUGAAGAUACGCAGAAGAUGCUGACUUUGGUAUCGAAAGCGAAGGAACUCGGGAACUCGAACGGAUACACUGCUUGCGUCGUGGGUAGGCUGAUGAGCGUGUUAGCGCAUGAACGGUUUCUUAAUUUCCACGGACAACUCAUUGCUCGCCUGAGCCGAGAUCAUGCAGUUUACGAAGAGGAAAAACGUGGACGUUCAUGGCUGUUAGCCGUGCUAUCGCCGUUACUCUUCAACGGUCCACGGUUCCAUCUCAAGACGCUGGAUGAAAUCUGGGUCGACCAUAUAAUAAACUACCAGUGCUGGGCCCGCCUGAUCCGGAGAUUGCAGGACGAGUGGCAGCUCAUAUCUAUAACGUCCACGGUGAUGGUCACUGUGAACGUUGGAUUCCUGGCGAUCCAGAGCGUCGAUAGGGCGGGCGACACCCGCUCGACCGCGCAGCUUACUGGGUACCUGUCCGCCGUGCUCAGUAUCGCUAGCAUCAUCGCCGGGCUGAUCCUCUCGAGGCAGCACAGAGCGCUCAAGCAGAACGAAGCGACGAUCGCGCAAGCAUACUUGUGGAGCAAGCACAGCGAGCGCUGGGGCCUGGAAGUGCUGGCCAUCAUGUACAGCCUGCCGUAUGCGCUCCUCAUAACGUGCGCGUUUUGCGUGGCACUGACGUGCCAGUACUUCGCGUUCAAUCCGAGCAUCGACACGGCCAGCGUUGCGGGCCGCCUGGGCGUCGGGCUGGCGUGGCUGUUCGUGCUGGUGCUCACCGCGUGGGUCGUGCUGGAGAACUGGGAAGGCACGGAAGGCCACUCGGUGCGGGAGCACGUCGUUGACUUUGUCGAUCACGCACGGGUGAGAGCGGCUGGCGCUAUGGCUUUUGUGAGGGACCGGCUACGGGGACGCUACGAGCAGCAUUCACUGCUCCCGCUCCAUCGGUCUGCGUAA